UGAUCCGGUGCCGAGUUACGGCCAUAGCGGAGUACUCCUGCCUGCCCCGCCAGUCCACCGCUCUCGCCUCCGUCCCUCUUGACCCCUGAGCCGCUGAGGGAGAGAAAUCUCGAAGGGUCUCCGGCUUGUCGUCGAACCUCGGGGAGCGAGAGAGAUGUCGUUCGGCUGGAGGAGGCGCGCGUCGAGGUGGGGCCUUCCGGUGGUGAGGUCGGACGCGCUCGGCAAGCUGGGUCCUUCCUUCGGCAUCGGCGCCGGCUGCGGCGUCGGCGUCGGAGUCGGCAUCAUCGGCGGUGCAGGAAUUGGAGCUGGAUUCCCUGGUUUACAGAUAGGAUUUGGAGCUGGUGCUGGAUGUGGAAUAGGCAUAGGUUUUGGUUAUGGUUUUGGAAAGGGAAUUGCAUAUGACGAGAAUGGGAGAUAUUCAAACAUCAGGAGAUCCUUUCUGAACUCCAAGAACCUAACUUAUGACCAAGAGUUUGAUGCCCUGUUUGAUGAGGUGAUGGAGAGUACCAGGAAGCUGAUCAAAGCAACAUCAAAGGAGAUCGACAAGUGGAGGCGGAUGUAGAGUAGAACAGCACAGUGACAACCAGCGGAUGUUUUCAGGGAUACAACAACAAGAUAAGCUGUCAAUGUUCUACCCUCGUGGAGCCCGGAAUGCUUUAGUCCGUCAACCAUGUGCUGUAGCUAGGGAAGGGAAGGAUGCAAACAUCAUGUGAUCGCGACGCCGUUUCGCAUCGGAAUAUCCCGCGCAGCGUCGCUGUCGGUACCUCUGUGUGUGCUCAUCCGUAGGACACUGUUUCGCAUUGAAAUUCUCAGUAUUGCACAGCAUCUCCUUCAAAUCUUCUAGGUUUUAUUAUGCGUCCCAUGUGUUGACUGCUCUGUAUUAUCCUGCUCUUAAUCUCGCCUUGAGCAUGCUACCUUUUGUUUAAUCACCUCGUUAGAAUCAGGUUUAUAA